AUGUCCGCCCCAGCAGCUGCCCCAGCCGGAGACAAGAGAAGCUCCGGCCCAAGAAGAGGUCCACCAAGAAGAGGAGGUAGAAGAGAUGCCAGAGAGGAGAAGUGGGUCCCAGUCACCAAGCUUGGUCGUCUCGUGAGAGCCGGUAAGAUCACUUCCGUUGAGCAGAUCUACCUGCACUCUUUGCCAGUCAAGGAGUUCCAAAUCAUUGACCAGCUCCUGCCAUCUUUGGAGGACGAGGUCAUGAAGAUCAAGCCAGUCCAGAAGCAGACCAGUGCCGGUCAGAGAACCAGAUUUAAGGCUAUCGUCGUCAUUGGUGACUCCAACGGUCACGUUGGUUUGGGAAUCAAGACCGCCAAGGAAGUUGCCACCGCCAUCCGCGCUGCCAUUAUCAUUGCCAAGCUCUCGAUCAUCCCAGUCAGAAGAGGUUACUGGGGCUCCAACUUGGGUGCUCCUCACUCUUUGGCCGCAAAGACCACCGGUAAGUGUGGUUCCGUCGUUGUCAGACUGAUCCCAGCCCCAAGAGGUUCCGGUGUUGUUGCCUCCCCAGCCGUCAAGAAGCUUUUGCAAUUGGCCGGUAUUGAGGAUGUCUACACCUCCUCUUCCGGUUCUACCAGAACUUUGGAGAACACCUUGAAGGCCUGUUUUGCUGCCAUCGGUAACACUUACGGUUUCUUGACUCCAAACUUGUGGAAGUCUUUCGAGCUCACCAAGAACCCAUUGGACGAGUUUGCCGACGAGGCUCUUGCUUCCAAGAAGAGAUACUAG